GACUCAGAGUCAUAUGUUGGUCGAUUCAGCCCAAUAAUUAUUUUUUUAAAAAUCGAUAAAAUAUUCUAAGAGUGUAUUUUUUGUUUUAUGGGGAGGCAUGUGGAAGAUUGGGUCAACUGAGCUCAAAUUCUGUCGCUUCACACUUUUGUGUGAAAACUUUGGAGUCGAUUCUCAAUACUCGUUUGCUCAGAAUCGAACAUUGGACUCGUUUUUGAGACAAGGCUUAGCAAGACAUAGUAAUGGCCGAUGCGUUUGGACAGAUUAGGUUCUGCAGGCUAAGGUAACAGUGACGAUUAAAUACAAUUAUUACCCGAAUAAAAAUGGCUACAGUGAAAAACGAGGUAGAGCGAAGAAGGAAAACGGAUGUUAAGGGACUGAACGGGCAUGUGGACGUGUCACGGACGGAGUACUGUAAUAAGCUGCGGGAGUGGAUGUGGCACUACUACUGCGGCUACGCGAGCUGGCAGAGCUGGAUGUGCAUGUCGGCGCUACCGUUAUCUCCUCCGUGGUUUCCGCUGCAGCCUGGCAGCCAAGCGGCUAACAUCCCUCCUUAUCUACCCGCCCCGACAUCUGCGGACAUCUCCAACUGGUACAUCCAGCUCACCAGUCCGCCUCAGACGAAUGCCUCAGCGGCUCCUCAGGCCGGGAAUUCAUCAACAUCAACACCACCGGCACAGGCGAAUGGAAACCCGGUUCAGCAAGCAGGUAGAGAGUACACUAUUCCCUCACCUUUACACAGAUUUCUAGCUGAAAUGGUGGAUUUCUUCAUCCUUUUCUGUGUUAAAGCGACAAUAGUUUUGUGGAUAAUGCACCUAAGUGGGAUGAAGGACAUUUCUAAAGUCAUCAUGCAGUUUGUAGUGGAGGAGAUCGAUGAGAACACGUCUCUGGAGGACCUGCAGAAGAUGAUGGUGGUGGCUCUGGUGUACAGGGUUUUAGUUUGUUUCUAUGAGAUUAUCUGUAUUUGGGGAGCAGGCGGUGCCACACCUGGGAAAUUCCUACUUGGACUGCGUGUCGUCACCUGCGACUCUACAGUUUUGGUACGACCCAACCGUGUCCUCGUGGUACCAGCAUCUAAUGUCACCCUAUCAGCAUCCACCGUACGGGCCUUGAAUAAGAACCUUUCCAUUGCGUUCCUCUUUCCGGUCUUCAUCACUCUGCUCUUCUUCCAGCACAACAGGACUGUGUAUGACAUUGUGGCAGGAACCAUCGUGGUCCGGCGUAGGGGGGCGAGAUGACCAGUUCAAAGAGUGAUUCAAUGUACUGUAAAAUAGUAUUACUGAAGCCUAAAGGUUAUAGCCAUAGAAGUUCAGACCUGUUUUUUUUUUUGUUUGUUUGUUUGUUUAAUUGUAAUAAAUAUGCUUAAUUUAUUAGAGUACAGGUUUGUUAGACGCAUUUUAGUUGGUAAACAACGCGUUGUUUGUUAAUACACUCCAACCAAAAAUCUGAAAUGUAACCACUGAUACAUCAAUUGAAAAAAUGCCUACUCAUCUCAUUUGACUCAUUUUACAUGUCCUUAUGUACUGGCCUCUAAUAAUACUUGAGAUUACAGCUGCUUCUAGUUUGGGGUUUGUAGAUUUUCUGGACUUGUAGAUUUACAAGCUGCCUUACUCGAUUAUGUACAUUUAAGUCGGAGACCCGUGGCCCUCAAAUCAACUGAUUAGAUAAUGUGUAAUUCUAUGAACGUUUUACAAAUCAGCAUUACAGCGAAGAGCAUGAAUUACUCCGGCGAGAGGCACUGCGAUACCCAGUCUUACAUUUCUGAGCGUGUACACAUGAUGAAGAGGUACGGCAUGAGGCAGGACUUAAAAAUGAGCAGGAAGCUUUUUAAUAAUCUGCACAUAUUCUCUAAACAAACUUAGACGGGUAACAAAGUACACACCUCAUGUGUAGUAGGAUAUAAUAUUACAUGUUGGCUAAUGUUAGCUUUGAAUGACAGGACAGGUCUCUUUAGAAUCUUUUGUGUUGAUUUCUCAGGGUACUUCUGAUGGUAUCUGCACUAAACAGCUGUAUUAACCUGCUGUUUUCAUGUGUUGCAGAUGUGCCUCGAGUAACCACUUGUGUUAUUGUGACUAAACCAAUUUCAUUUCAUUUGGUGCUUUUGUUUGUUGUAGUGACCCAUACCCCCCCCCCCCCCCCCCCCAAGAUUUUCUUAGGAAAAUGCGAAUAACACCACCUUCAGCUUUUACCUUGUGUAUUAUAUGAGAAGAUCUAAAAUCACGGGUGGACAAAUGAUCUGUUUAUUAAUGAGCCCACCAGGCAAGUAAAAGCUCUGGCAUGCUGCCCAGCCCAUAUUUUGGUUAGUAGCUAAUGUCAUGUAAUAAUGUACGCCCAGCUAUGUACAUUAAUACAGACUGUAUGAAUUCCUGGGGCAUGCACAACUGUAUUAGCUUUCCACAUUGUAUCUGCAACCCUGACAGAAGGUCACUGGUGAAAGUUGGAGCUGUAGGGAUCUCUCAUUGCAUUGCAAGACAGUCCAUUUUUCUGGAUUUAGCUGUUUUUAUAUUUUAUUUUUUACAAAAAUUUGUGAUAAUUUGCAGUGUUUUUGCGGAAAACUACUUGAAUUGGUGAAACUGCAAUUACAAGGAAUUUUGUUUCACACAGCCUUUCGUAGUGAUGUUUGUUGGUAAUUGAGACCUUUUAGCUGUAAUCAUGUUCGACGCACGUGAAUCGAAGAGGGCUUUGACUGAAUGCGUGUUGUGAUGAUGUCAGGUGACGCAUCUUGGUCCAAAUGUGUGGAAAAUCUGCUGUAAUUUUGAAAAAUUGCAAACUGCUCUGAAUAUUGCAGAGUUUGCUUUAUUUUGCAUUAAUUUCUGUGACCGCAAAGCCGCAAAAUUUCGGAGGGAUUGGCAAGAUAGUAUUCGAGUCUGGAUAGCAUCUAGAUAGCGUCUGGAUAGUUCCUCUCGUGUUCAUGUUUAAUUAACCUCAAGGCGACUGUGUGCAGUAAGGUAUUAUAUCACAUUGUGAGGCACAUUUAAGUUUAAGUAUAUUAUGAUUCGUAAAGUCAAUGGGAAGUAAGGUUUAUUCUCUUUCUUUGGUUGCUGAACCUAAUUUUCCAAAUUCAA